AUGGGCGAAUUUAAUGCACAGAUAGGCUCCGACAACACAGGACGAGAACAAAUUAUGGGUAAACACGCAAUUGGAAGGAUGACUGAGAACGGUAGGUUCUUCACCGAAGCAUGCGGCAAUACUAAUCUUUUGAUAGGUGGAACUUUAUUCCCUCACAGGAAAGUACACAAGAUAACGACCUGGCGCAGUAGCAUUCUUGAUGUGCGUUCUAAAAGGGGGGCUGAUUGCAACUCGGAUCAUCACCUAGUUUUUGGAAGCUUACGGAUUAGGGUUGCUGCCAUCCGUAAACCUGAAUCUACUGCGCGAAGGUAUGAUAUAGCUAAGUUGAAAGAUCCUCAAACUCUUAACGCCUACAGGGAAGAACUAAGAGCUGGACUAGCUAUGCAACAAUCUCAUCCUUCCUCUGAGUGGCCAACAGUUAAAAGUAAUUUUGUUGAUGCUUCGAGUAAUCACAUCGGUCUUAAAGUACCUAGGAAAACCCAUUGGAUGUCUAAUGCCACCUGGAACCUCAUUCUUGAAAGAAAGGCCCAAAAGGAAAAAUUAAACGCAGCCAAAACAUUCGGUGAGAAAUCGUCGCUAAAAAAUAUAUACGCACAACAAGAUAAGCUGGUCAAGCGUAGCGCCCGAAAUUAUAAGAGAAUGUGGUACAAUAAACUUGCAUCGGAUGCACAAAAAGCCUCAGCGGAGCAUAGAUCCAAGGAUCUUUAUAGCAUCACCAAGAAACUAACUGGAAGAAACUUUUCGAAUACCAGACCACUGAGAAACGCCGAAGGCGAACUCACAACAUCUGCGAGAGAAUAA